AUAUAAAUUACGCGGUCUUCACAUUUAACCCUUCUUCUUCUUCUCUCUCCUCCAUCACUGUCCUUUCUUCUUCUUCGAUCAUGGCGAUCUGAGAGAAAGAAAGAGAAAGUGACAAUAACACCUAUAAAUUAUCCAUUCCUGCUUCAAUUUCAACCGUUUUCCGCCUCAAUUUUAACUCAAUUUCGACAUCACUGGCUACAGGCUAGGGUUUCAGGCUCAGUUUCAUAGAUUAGGUCAUGAUUGAGAUCAUGUCGGCGUUAGAUUCGAUAGAUUCGUUAUUGUUUUCAAUCAGCAGAGCUUUGUGUAGUCCGUUCGCCGUUUUUGUUCAGAUCCAGGGAUGUGUAAUAUGCUUACUUCUGGCUGCUGGAUGGGCUGGUGCAGCUUAUGUGAGAAACAGAGAAACAAGGCAGAUGAAAAAAUGUAUGAAAGAUGGCAAUCCCUUUGCAUUUCUCAGUCAUGAUAUUCAUGACCUAGAACAUUCAACCCAGGUCAAAUUGCCAGGUGUCACAGUUGUAAUGCCCUUGAAGGGUUUUGGAGAACACAACUUGCACAACUGGAGAACCCAGUUAACUUCUCUUUAUGGUGGUCCACUGGAGUUUCUAUUUAUUGUGGAUAGUACUGAAGACCCAGCUUAUCAUGCUGUAUCUCGUUUAUUAUUAGAUUUUAAGGAUGAUGUUGAUGCAAGGUUAAUUGUAGCUGGCCCAUCCACAACAUGUAGUCAAAAAGUUCAUAAUCAGUUGGUUGGUGUGGAAAAAAUGCAUAAAGACAGCAAAUACGUGUUGUUUCUCGACGAUGAUGUUAGGUUGCAUCCUGGGUCAAUUGGAGCCCUAACUGCAGAGAUGAUAAAGAAUCCCGAGAUAUUUAUUCAAACUGGUUACCCGCUUGAUUUACCGUCUGGAAGUUUGGGAAGUUACUGUAUUUAUGAAUAUCACAUGCCAUGUUCAAUGGGUUUUGCAACUGGUGGAAGGACCUUUUUUCUUUGGGGAGGCUGCAUGAUGAUGCAUGCAGACGAUUUCAGAACUGACAAACAUGGUGUUGUGACACAACUUUCUGAUGGUGGUUACUCUGAUGAUAUGACUCUUGCAGCUAUAGCUGGUGCUAAUAAGAGGCUCAUCACGUCACCUCCAGUUGCGGUUUUCCCUCAUCCUCUUGCCAGUGAUCUUACAUUUUCACGGUACUGGAACUAUUUGAGGAAACAAACAUUCGUCUUGGAGUCCUACACAACAUAUGUAAAUUGGAUAAUGAACCGGGCUCUGUUUUCUGUGCACUGCUACCUUUCUUGGGGAUUCGUAUCCCCGUAUAUUAUGGCUAUCUUUCAUGUUGCAGCAGCACUAGGAUUUCAAUUUAAGUAUAAUUCCGCCGAAGAACAUGUUCUCAACCCGAAUGGGUUGAGACUCGUUGGCUGUCUUGUCAUAUGCACCAUCAUUGAACUUCUUUCAAUGUGGAAUUUGACAAGAAUAGAAGUUCGGCUAUGCAACAUGUUGUCUCCCGAGGCACCUCCACUCUCGCUCAGUGCUUAUAAUUGGUGUCUGGUGUUUGUUGCAAUGGUGGUGGAUAACUUCUUAUACCCGAUCUCAGCAAUCCGCUCACAUUUUUCUCAGUCUAUCAAUUGGUCUGGUAUCCGGUACCAUUUAAGGAAUGGGAAAAUACACAAGAUUGACCGGACAAUGGAGAAGGGUAAAAAGUUUUCAGAUUUGGCAGCCAAGCGUUUAUACGGCAGAAAAGCCCAAAGCAAAAUCUCGAUUCUCGGUACUUUAUCAAGAAGUUUGGCAAACUGGAGACAACCAAAGAAAUACGACGUGUAGAAAAAAAACCUGCGUUUUCCAAAUUUCUUGUGAUCAAAAUUAUCUGGUUUUCGGUCAAAAAAUAUAACCAGGUAAUGUAAUUCAUCCAUCUGCAUUUAUGGUUUGAUUGAUUCAUGAUUCUUUCGGUCCAUUUUUAAAGAAAAAUAUUUCAAUUCAAUUGAUUGAUUCUUCAGCUGUAGCUGUAGUCACAUUUAUGUCUGGUGUUCAGUUUUGUAACCUGUAAAGUUGAUUGUUGUGUAAUUUAAAGGAACUACUGUUGCGUCUUAAAACCCGAAUGUUAGACCCGUUUUUCGAA